AUGCGGCGGUGUUCGUUGCACCGCGCCGGCUUCCGGGUUCCGUCCGGUGAAGAGCUUGAGAGCCAGAUCAUCCUCAGCCGCUUCCGCAGAAAUCGUGGCGACGGAAAAAGUCGCGGCUGGCUGCCGCGCGCCGUCACCGCCAGCCGUCUGCAGGCCUGGGUCGCGGUGGGCGGCAUUCUGCUGGGCGCGGCCGUCUUCAUUGGCCCGUGGCUCGUCGAUGAGUACCGCGAGAUGCUCGGGUACAAGUUCGUGCCGGUGUCGCCGUCCGCGAUGCCGCACACCUCCCCGGCGUGGUGGGAGAACGAGUGGCGCAAGGGCAACCCGCUCUGGCGGGCUGGGGAGUCGACGGGCGAGUUUUACCGCGGCCCAUUUGACUUCGUGCGGGCCGCGACCGGGCGGGACAUGUACGACGGCGACGCCUUCAAGAAGGGGCGAGGGGCGGGGCGGCGGCCGCGCGCGCUCGUGCCGCUCUGCGGCGACUCGCCGAUCGUGCCGGAGCUGGCGGGGCGCGGGUUCGAGGUGGACGCCGUGGACGCGUCGGAGACGGCGAUGCGGGCCUGCGUGGAGCGCGCCGAGCGGGCCCUCCCGCACGACGCCUACGACCGAGUGCAUCUGCACUGGCGCGACAUAUUCGCCCCGGAGCUCUGGACGGGCCCACUGCGGGGCGUGAAGUUUGACGUCAUCUACGAGCGGCAGGCGAUGACCUCGCUGAACUGCGAGCAGCGCGAGGACUACGCCUACCUGCUCAAGCAGGCACUCGCGGAGGACGGGGUGAUGUACGUGGAGGGUGUCUUCCGCACCGGACGCGUGCGCGGCAACACGGUGCGUGGGCCCCCCUUCGCGCUGUCGCGGCGAGAGCUGCAGCAUCUCUUCCCCGAAAGCGACGGCUUCAUGGUGCGCUGCGAGGAAACGAACGACGCCAUGACCAAGCUGAGCCGGGAAAACCGCAUUCUGCAGCGGAUACCGAAGGAGUUGUACGUUACACCGUUUCACUGCGCGGUGUUUCGGGCGAAGGCCGUCGAUGCGGCGGCAGUGACGCCCCCAUGA